AUGGCAGGCACAGAUAUGGACCCCGAGGUGGCUCGGGGCUUAUUUGAAGUAGGAGCCACGCUUGUUUUACUUGGUGUUCCUCAGGGAUCAGUGUUGGGACUUGGCUACAAAACCUGGACCCUGGGCCCUCGGUUCCGUGGGGUGAAGAUGAUUCCUCCAGGGCUUCACUUCCUCAACUCUAAUGAAGCAUGUGGUGACAUUGGCCCCAAAACGGGCCUGUUUCUGUCCCUGAAACCCCGGGAGUUGCUUGUAGCCCACUGGAACCAGAGAGAAGAUGAAUUGGAGUUCAGUAUGCGCUCGGCCUCCUCUGGGACCCAGAGGAGGCCGAGCGCAUACGGGCCAACCUCAGAGAACUGGACGCCUACUCAGAUCACACAGUGUAACAUGGAUCGGAGUUACGCUCUCAACUCUGUGCUUGAGAGGCAUUAUAAAGAGCAGCCGCUCGGUGUGCUAGGAGAGCUGCAGUUUGCCUUGGUUUGUUUCCUCGUGGGGAAUGUGUACGAGGCCUUCGAGCACUGGAAAAGCCUGCAGGCUCUGCUGUGCCGCUCCGAGGAGGCCAUGAAGGAGAGGAAGGAUCUGUAUCCGGGCCUCAUCGCCGUCCUCUGCCAUCAGCUGGGAGAAAUCCCUCCGCACUUCUUUGUGGACAUCGUGUCGCAGAAUGACUUCCUCCCCUCCACACUUCAGGACUUUUUCCAGUUUGCCAGCAGUCCCGGAGUCGACAGCACAUUACGGAAAAGAGCAGAACAAUUUCAAGUCCAUCUGACCAAAAGGUUUCGUUGGGACUUUGAUGCAGAUCUUGAUGAAUGCGCUCCAGUGUUGGUGGAGCUUCCGGCGGGAGUCACCCUGGACUGA